GCUAUCGAAAAAAGUUUCCAAGAUAACUUUGCCAGGUUUUCAUCACUUUUUGAAAUAUAUGGAAAACGUUUGGAACUGACUUCAAAAGAUGAAUCGCUUGUGGAAAAUCAUUCGUCGAUAGACAGCGAAGAAGAUCUAAGUACCUGGAAUUCUGCAUUAUCCAACAGUGAUAUUGAACACAAAUAUCUGACGUAUUUUUCUAAAAUAAUUAUCCCUAAUUCGUACAAUGGCAAUGGUGACAACGCCUGCUAUACUGCGGUCGACUGUUUAUUUACAAGAAACUUCUGGAAUCAGUUUACUUGGACUGGUAUUAACAGAGGAGCUAAGUCCAAGCGUGGGUUUCGUGAGUUUGGUAACGUUACCCAGCUUAUAUUAAAGAUAGUACAAAUCGGAGACCCCUUGUAUACAGCUCAAAAACUGGAAGCAUUCUGUAAAACAAGGCUAUUCCGAUAUGCAAAAGCCCGAUCUAGCAAUAAACAGUUGAGACGUUCAGCAUGUAGGCCAGAAAGGAAAUUGAUUACUAAGAAGAUUCUAAAUCAAACUGAUUCCAGUAUUUUGGUUCAAACUGUUCAUACUGCCGCUGGAAUCGAUAAAUCCGUUCAUGAGAGCAAAGAAUAUUUUCCAAAUGUUCAAGAUACCGAAAGCGGAAGUGAGGAUGAUGAUCUUAAUGGUUCUAUUGAAGAUUCGAAAGGCGGCGUUGAGGAGUCAGAUGAAGAAUAGUUUUUUAUGUUUUAUUUUUUUCUAAUUCUUUUUAAUAAGAAAAGGUUUUUAAUACAUACAAACAAAUUCCAAAAAUAAGUGUAGACACACGCAACGUUAAGUA